UUAUUCACAACAACGUAAAAACUCACUACUCACUCGGAUCCCCACCCCAUACAUUUCAUACUCUUUUUAACUCUUAUUGUCAAGAAAAACGAUAAAACCAAGUUUUGCCCAACAGUCCACUUCAUUGUCUCUGUACACUUUACUGUUGUUGAGCUUUCGGUGUUUAGAUUUGCCGGAAAAAACUAGAGAGAGAGAGAGAGAGAGAGAGAGAGAGUUUUUUUUUAGGAUAGUCAAAUGGCAUCAAGGCAAGAAAAAGAGCUCAGUGAUAUAAACAGAGAAAGGAAGGAGAGAGAGCACGAAGAAGAAGAAGAAGAUAGACGACCGAAAAUGGAGUCUCAUGACCGUGAUUACUACGAACAAGGACAAGAGGAAAGGCCCGGCGUCAUCGGAACCAUACUGAAAUCGGUGGCCGAAACUCUCGAAAGCGCCAAGGAGGCCGUUAUCGGCAAAUCUUACGACGAGCUGAGGGAAGGCGGGUACGAGGAGCAGGCCCAGGAGGAGGAGGAGGAAGAGAGAGGGAUUACGGAUAGGGCAGCAGAGAAGGCGGGAGAGACGAAAGAGGCGGUAAAGGAAAAGGCCGAAACGGCAAAGGAGAUGGCCAAGGAGACGGCUGAGUUGGCCGCGGAGGAGACGAAAGAGAGAGCCAAAGAGAAGAAGGAUAGUGGCGUGGGGAAGAUUUCGGAGAAGGCGAAAAGGGCUAUGGAGACGUUGAGUGGUGGUGGUAGGAGGCAGGAUGAGAGCCAAGAGGAACCUAAGGAAAAAUACAUGGAGACGGAGGAUGGAGCCAGACGGAAGAUGCAAGAGUUGAAGCUGAGAGAGGAGGGGUACGAUGAUGAGGAGAGGAAGAGAGCAGAGGCAGAAAGGGAAACUGCAGAGGACAGGGGGACUGCAGGGACGAGAAACAUAUUCAGCGCGAUUGGUAGCGUGAAGGAAGCUAUAAAGGAGAAGCUAACAAUGCCGAGUGACAUUGUGGAAGAGACGCAGGCAGCACGUGAGCAUGGCGGCACAAAGAGAGCAACGGCAGAGAAGGUGGUACUAGAUGCUGAAGGAAACCCCGUUGAUGAAUAUGGUAGGGUGCACUUGCAACGUGUGGAGCGCCGGGAAUAGAAUGCAAAAGCUUCUUAUGUUUACCCUAUGUUGAGUGCUUCGUAUGUUUUACUUGCUUGUUUUUUCGUUUGUAUAGCUUUGGGUUUUGUUUGUUCUUCCGGUUUUGGGAAAUAAGAUUUUGUACAUUAUGCAUGCGUAGCUGGUCUCCAGCUAGGGUGUGGAAAUGAAGUUAUGUAAUAAUACUACUAGUUACUGUUUAAUAUGGGUUACAUACAGAGACUUCAGCUGAACAAGGGAGAGAAUCGCUCGGCAUUGGAGGCCUCGGUACAACGAUGUGCACUUGCAGCUAAUUUUUCUUGCUCAAAUCGAUGUUCAAGUAAUCUGUGUCACAUAAAAUGUCUCUCUUAUUUCACUGACCGAAAAGGAAACAAGAAAAAUAGAAAACAUCAUCGUUUCAAGUGUAUGGGUAUGCAGUGUAGUAAUUAUAAUGAGGUGACCAUACUUGCAGAACAAUCGCUUUAAGUUCAACUAGUGGAACCGAACGAAAAACCCGAGCUCGAAUGUCCAAAUCGAUCUUAUCUUAGGAGACACGACACAGGUGAAGAUCCGAAUUGAAAUGGUAACGGUGGGAUUGAUCCGAAUUGAAAUGGUAAUGGUCAGAUUUCGAUUUUGGUUCACGCUCCAAAUGUACCCCGAGUGCCCCCGUCUCAAACUCAGUUGAGCAGACCUUUUGCUCAUCAGUUGAUAUUAGCUACUGUGGCCUUACCCACAUUGCUGAGCGGUUUUUGGGCCGUUAUUCAAGCCAUUACCGAGACGUUUUUGGUCCGUUUCUGGGACG